AUGGUCAGAUUUGCAAGACUUCUCGUCCCGGCAGCGCUGCUCGCCGUGGCUGCUGCACAAGACAACAAAAACAACAAUAACAACAACAACAACAACAACGGCCAAGGCAACAAUGGCAACAAUGGCAACAACAAUGGGAACAAUGGUGGCAACAACGGGAACAACAACGGGAACAACAACGGCAACAACGGUGCCCAGAACCAGGGCGCCAAUCCCACGAUCCUGCUUCCAAACGCCAUCCAGACUGGUUCCUUCUUCGACGGACAGGCGGCUUUGGGCGCUGAUCCCGCCGUCCAGGCCAAGUCCACGAUAGAUCAGGGCAACUUCAUCAAUUUCUGUGCCGGCAAGACCCUCACCAAUGGCCUCCAGAUCACUACUGGUUCUUGCAACGGCAUUACCAUGGGAGAUAUCCCGGCGAAGGAUAAGAUGAUCUCGACUGUCAUCGUGAACCCCCAGAACGGCCAAGAGAUCGAGGCUGGCAAGGACUUCGACAUCCAAGUGCAGGUUGCGAAUCUGGCGGCUGGGUCUUUUACCAAUGCCGUCGCCACAUACUACGCGGCCCCCCAGUUCCUGUCCAACGGCAUCGUCGUCGGCCACACCCACGUCACCGUCCAGGAUCUUGGCGGCAGCCUCAACCCCAAGCAGCCCCUUGACGCGACCCAAUUUGCAUUCUUCAAGGGUAUUAACGAUGCGGGCAAUGGGCAGGGUCUCCUCGCCGCUACUGUCAACGGUGGCCUUCCGGCUGGCAACUUCCGGGUUUGCACGCUGUCUUCUGGCUCCAACCAUCAGCCCGUCGUCAUGCCCGUCGCUCAGCGUGGAGCUCAGGAUGAUUGCGUCAGGUUCACGGUGAAGGGCAACGGCGGUGGUGUCAACGAGGCUGCGAACAAUGGUGCCAAGGGCAAGGAUGCUGCCGACCAGGCUCAACAGGCCGUUAAUAUCGGUGCCGGUGCCAUUGACCCCAACGCUGCUAAUGCUGCCGACGCUGGUAAUGCUGACGCUGAAAGCAGCAGGAGCAGCAGCGUCAGCAGCAACAGCAGCAACAGCAGCAGCAGCAGGAGCAGCAGAGGAAGCAGCAGCAGCAGCAACAGCAGCAACAGCAGCAGCAGCAGGAGCAGCAACGGAAGCAGCAGCAGCAGCAGAACCAACGUCUCGCGCGCCUGGCCCGCCGAGAAUUCAUCUCCUAAGCGCUGA